UGAGGGUGUGUCACCAUGGAGACGAGGCCGCUGCCAUUGGCUGGCGCCUCCGGCCGGGGCUAUAAAGCCGGGCCCGGAGCACCGUGCACUAACAGCGUCGGCCAGACUCGGGCGGUGUCGCCCGCGGAGCGGAAAGGGCAGGAUCUCGGCGCGGCCGUCGGUGACACCAUGGAGAACAACGAAUUCUCUUACGAAGAUUAUCAGAGCACUGCUGAGUGGCUUCGGUCUCACACUACACAUCGACCUCAAGUGGCGGUGAUCUGUGGUUCUGGGUUAGGAGGUCUGACUGCUAAGUUAACUGAGGCCCAGGUCUUUGAGUACACUGAGAUACCCAACUUUCCCAAAAGCACAGUGCCGGGUCACGCUGGCCGCCUGGUGUUUGGAUUCCUGAAUGGCAGAGCCUGUGUGAUGAUGCAGGGCAGGUUCCAUACCUAUGAAGGCUACUCACUGUCUAAGGUGACAUUCCCAGUGAGGGUUUUCCAUCUUCUGGGCGUGGACACGCUGGUAGUCACCAAUGCAGCUGGAGGCCUCAACCCCAGCUUUGAAGUUGGAGACAUCAUGUUGAUCCGGGAUCACAUAAACCUACCUGGUUUCUCUGGCCAAAACCCUCUCCGCGGCCCCAACGAUGAAAGGUUUGGCGUCCGUUUCCCUGCCAUGUCUGAUGCUUAUGACCGGAAUAUGAGGCAGAAGGCUUUGAACGCCUGGAAACAAAUGGGGGAGCAGCGGGAAUUACAGGAAGGCACCUACGUGAUGCUGGCGGGUCCCAACUUCGAGACUGUGGCGGAGAGCCGCUUGCUGAGGAUGCUCGGAGCAGAUGCUGUUGGCAUGAGCACCGUCCCAGAAGUCAUUGUCGCCCGGCAUUGUGGGCUUCGUGUCUUCGGUUUCUCACUCAUUACUAACAAGGUCGUCAUGGAUUAUGCAAACCUGGAGAAGGCCAAUCACAAGGAAGUCUUAGAGGCUGGGAAAGCAGCCGCACAGAAACUGGAGCAGUUCGUCUGGAUCCUCAUGGAGAGCAUUCCGCCCCGCGAGCAGGCUGCCAGCUGACUGGAGUCCACGUAGGAAAGAGGAGGAUUCCUGCCCUUCACCUCCCCUUGCUCUUCUUCCACCCUUCUGAUGUCUGUCCCUCUUGCUCAGCUGCCUUCUCAAAACAGUCCACCUUCCAGUGCUGGGAGAGCUGGAGCCCAUGCCCACCACACUUGGGGUGUGUGUAAGACAGUACCUUCCAGACCUAGAGACCAUACUCGUGCUCGCCUGGGCCAGUCUGGCUCCCCUAAAGGACCAGAGACCAGAGGCUAACCUGAUACCUCUUGGAGUUUAUCUAGCACCAUAAUGUUUCGAGAAUAAAGAGAUCAAGUACUUUCUUGUUUUGUGUAAUUUGAUAUGAAGUUGGGGCUUAGGCCAAGAUAGGCUUGAGAAACCUUGGGCCCACAUGUCUUGUCUGAUUCUCUGAUUUUCAGAAGUAGCUAAGGAUGGAGAAGAGGUGGCCGGUGGGGAGCAAAGGAUGAAGGUGGAAGAACGGGGAUGUAAGGAGCAGAGUGACUUUAAACUUGCCCCUGUCCAUCACUCUGCUUUGCUCCAGUUGCGUUCCUGAGCAUCUGCAUCUCAAGGCUCUCACUUCUUGUGUCUUAGCUGCCACUUUCUUAUUGCAUUCCUUUUUAAUUUUUCUUGUUUUUAUUGUGCUAUACAUUUUUCUCCAUUAUUGCA